AUGGACGCUGAAGAGUGCAGACGGCGAGUGCAAGAAGCGAAGUCGCAGCGUGCUUUCCCGCCAAGUGUACUGUACCCGGAGCUAACGAGCUGGAAAGACGACAUGGCCCCUCUCUCAAAGUUGUUUUCCCGGCCGAUUUACGUACACCGUACGGUCGAUCUUGUUGACGCGAAGUGCGACUUGCUUUACGUGCGGUACGAAUGCGCCGUUUCUACAGGAACUUGUUUUACUACAAUAUCACCAGCAUAUUUGCAGAAGCACUUGGAGUUUCUGCUUCACUUCCCUUUUGUUUUGUCGAAACUCCAAGUGCUUCUGCAUACGCCGAAUGGGCUGUCGAGUGCAUUGGCUACUGUGGAGCGCCGGCGCCAAAGCCGGUAUUACAAGCUCUACACUCUUUUUGCGGAUAGAGUUCGGCGACGGAACGCUAAUGCUGACUAUGUAUCUUCGACCCCGCCAACUUGCUCUCAGUAUGCCUCCGACAAUGCUCCACCAACUACCCAAACGCUGACAGCGUUUUGGAUGGAAUUUACAACGAUUUACAGUCCUCUGUGUAAAAAUCUCAUGAAGCACUUGAAGAUUCGAAGAGCGCUCCGCAUUGAUCACUCCGUGAAAUUUUGUAAGCGUCUUAAGAUUUGGACAGGCAGUGGGAAACGUGAUGGUAUGGCAAACUGUAAGAUGCUUCUUCUCGCUCAAAAUGAAAUUGGGCAGGUCGAUGGUCGUUGCCUUACACGCUCAGAGAACAAUGAUGAAACUGAGGAGCUACUAAAACUGUUUGGUGAUCGUGUCUGGACCAAGCAAGACCCGUUCCAUGUAAUACAGCGCAUAACCGAGAAGGUUAAGUCAACUAAGCGAAAGUGGUUAUCUAAGGAGCUAAGUAAUGCGCUCUACACAGUAGAUCGCAAGCUGCGACUCGUUGACGAAAUGGAGAAAGGAUUUUUACGUGCUGUGAGAAGUGUUGCAUUGGCGGACGUGAAC